GGGGUGAGGUGACAGCGCGGCCCCGGAGCAGGGUGGAAGUGAUGGUGGUCGUGGGAGAGCGCCCCGCGAGGGGGCCGGGGGCUGCCCGGGGAGCCCCGGGCGCGGGGAGCGCCGCUCGGCGCCUCCGGGCAGGGUCGGGCCGGGCUGCGGGGGAUUUCCGCUGCCGGUGGCGGCUGGGAGCGGCUCCGCGGGGGCUAGGGAGCAGCUCCGGGAGGCUGAGCCCUCGGCGAGGGGAGCCGAGCGAAGGGAAGGGUGAGCCGGGGAUGGCAGCCCCUGAGCGCUGCCGGAUUUUUUGGUGAUCCUGUGUUCGUCACCGUCCUUUCCCCACCGCCUCCUCCUCUUCAAGCGAGGCAGCGUUCUCCUGACAGCUCUUCUCCUCGCAGCCUCCGCACGUAUGACACAUCGCUCCUAUUGCAGGUCUCCCCCCACACGCACACCCAAAAUAUGUAGGUUUCAGUGCGUGGCAUAAGAGUACUUCUGCUCUGAGCUUUGAGUUAGAAGCUGACAGGAUACGUGAACAUUGUCUGACCCUGAACUUCUGUGAACUCCUCCCUCUCCUUCCUCGCUCAGAUAUGUAAUGGCUUGAGAUCAGUAGAGCAAAAUGGUUCUCUCGAAAGGACGGUGGAAAUCAGGCUUCCUUAAGCCAGACUCAAUAUCGAUAGAAUGAAAAAAUUUAAGAGAAGACUUUCCUUAACCUUGCGAGGAAGCCAGACCAUUGAUGAAUCACUGUCUGAGCUAGCAGAACAAAUGACAAUUGAAGAAAACAGCAGCAAAGAUAACGGUGUGAGUAAUAAUGGAAGGAUCAGCUACGGUAAAGUGCAGCCUAUUGUGAAGAAUGGCAGGCCUCCAACGUCUCACAGCAUGCACUCAUUUCUCCACCAAUACACAGGAUCUUUCAAGAAGCCCCCUUUACGGAGACCACACAGCGUCAUAGGGGGCAGCCUCGGCUCUUUCAUGGCAAUGCCCAGAAAUGGGAGCAGAUUAGAUAUUGUUCAUGAAAAUUUGAAAAUGGGGUCGGAUGGGGAAAGUGACCAAGCUUCUGGAACGUCAUCUGAUGAAGUUCAGUCUCCCACAGGAGUUUGUCUCAGAAACCGGAUACACAGACGAAUCUCAAUGGAGGAUUUGAACAAGCGCUUGUCCCUGCCCGCUGACAUCAGGAUACCCGAUGGGUACCUGGAGAAGCUGCAGAUUAACAGCCCGCCCUUUGACCAGCCAAUGAGUCGGCGCUCUCGUCGAGCAUCCCUAUCAGAAAUUGGAUUUGGAAAAAUGGAAACCUAUAUCAAGUUAGAAAAGCUUGGAGAGGGUACUUAUGCCACAGUUUAUAAGGGGAGAAGUAAAUUGACAGAGAAUCUGGUAGCUUUGAAAGAAAUCCGCCUGGAACAUGAAGAGGGAGCACCAUGCACAGCCAUAAGAGAAGUGUCAUUAUUAAAAGAUCUGAAACACGCAAAUAUUGUUACAUUACAUGAUAUUGUGCACACAGACAAGUCAUUGACUCUUGUUUUUGAAUACCUGGACAAGGACCUGAAGCAGUACAUGGAUGACUGUGGUAACAUCAUGAGUAUGCACAAUGUAAAGCUAUUUUUAUAUCAGAUUCUUCGUGGUUUGGCGUACUGUCAUAGGAGAAAGGUGUUACAUCGAGAUUUGAAGCCACAAAAUCUGCUAAUUAAUGAGAAAGGAGAACUGAAGCUUGCAGACUUUGGAUUGGCAAGAGCGAAGUCUGUUCCUACGAAGACUUAUUCCAAUGAAGUUGUCACAUUGUGGUACAGACCACCUGAUGUUCUCCUUGGAUCUUCAGAGUAUUCAACUCAAAUUGACAUGUGGGGCGUCGGAUGCAUAUUUUUUGAAAUGGCAUCAGGAAGGCCUCUUUUUCCUGGUUCUACUGUUGAAGAUGAGCUGCACUUAAUUUUCAGACUUCUUGGAACUCCAUGUCAAGAAACAUGGCCAGGCAUUUCUUCCAGUGAUGAAUUUAGAAACUACAACUUUCCUAAGUAUAAACCACAACCUCUCAUCAACCAUGCACCAAGGCUAGACACGGAAGGAAUUGAAUUGAUAGCGAAGUUCCUUCAAUAUGAAUCAAAGAAGAGAAUUUCAGCAGAAGAGGCCAUGAAACAUGCAUACUUCAGAAGUCUUGGAACAAGAAUACACACUCUGCCUGAAAGUGUUUCAAUAUUCAGUCUAAAAGAGAUUCAGUUGCAAAAAGACCCUGGCUUUCGAAAUUCCACUUACCCAGAGACCGGACAUGGGAAGAACAGAAGGCAGAGCAUGCUUUUCUAAAGGGGGCAGUGCAGAGUCGAGCCCAAGCCUAUCCUGUCGAUCAAGGACUCGGAUCCAAAGGCAGUGCUUUCUGUUGGUGGACUUGGAAUCGCAGUUUGUCUACACUGUCCUCUUAACAGUGGAGUCUUUUUAUUUCCAACCUGCAAAUUAUGUUUUUAUAUUUGUUGUCACAGUGUGACAAUUUUUUGUACAGUUGGUUUUAAGGUCUCCUCUGCCACUAGAGCCAGUAGGUUACAGCUGUUGAUGUAACUGUAGCUGCAAUUUUUGUGCAGGACUGAGAAACACAGUGCAUUAUUUAUUGCGGAAUCAUUGCUGCUAAAUAACUACUGUCUGUAUAGUUAACACAACAGUUCCAUGCCUGAAGAAGUUGCAAUGGCUUUAUAAUAUGUGAAUGCAUCUGUUUCUCUUGAUAAAAUGUUCUACUGCUGCGGGGUUUUUUUGUAUUUCUUAAACUGCAGUGUUUCCUGGAAUGUAAACAUAGCUUUGCUUGGCUAUAGGUGAGCCAUCUUUAAUGCUCUAAGUUCUUGGCACUUAAUUCCUUAUUUAACAUUGGAAGUAUGUGUUGAAAUAGUUGAAAAAUUAUAAUGCAUAUUACGUUUUUGAAAAGCACAUGGUGUGAAGGUUGAUUCAAACAAGUGAAAAGUAAUUUUGAUUUGCUCUCAGAUCCUGUUAGUUAUUGAUAAAUUAGAGCAUGGAGGCUGGAAGUUUUGUCAGGCUUACUCCAGCAUAACAUAUUUGCACAUUGUUGUGCAUAUGGGGCCUGCGGAAACAAUAACUUUUUUACCUUGUUUUUAACUUAGAAAUACAAAUAGUAAAAAGACAAUUCAUGUAUGUUGGACCCUGGCUUACUUUUCAUUACAGAGGAACAGGACAACAAAUUACACAAACAUGGGAAUAAUGUCACAUUUUCCCACCUUGUUGCUCUCCCAUUUGUGCAUUAUUCACUUGAAAUCAACUGGAAAGAUGCAAGUUUGUACUUGAGAAGAACUCACUAUGCUACAGAGCUUUUACAAUGAGAACUUAGAGAGUUUUUCAGAUCUUAGAUGUUACCUGUUUUCCAGAGAUAGUAAACAUAUUACUACUAUGCUUAUGCAUCUCAGUGAGCAUCAUAAGUACACCCUUGGUGAUGGUUACAGUAUUUUUAAGCAUUUGUGUUCACCUUUAUGAACCUAUUUGUUUAGUGCAUCUUAAAGAGACUGUAAAUCUUUAUUGGUAUAUUUUGAAAUGGUCAUGUAAAUCUUUGGCUGGUAUAUCAUGAAAAUAGUCAUAGGUAACUUAAUUUUUCCUGACAUUCACUGUAAAGCGUUCAGGGGUCCUACCAUUUCUGUUCAGGAAAUCUUGUAGUUUAUUGUUAUUUAACAGUAUUAAGUGAAUUUUUGUAUAUUUCAUUUUAACUUUAUUUGUGAAUAGUGAUUGUGGCAUGUUUGGGGGUGUUUUAUUAAUAUUUCAUUGAUACUAGUAAAUUUGAAUUGGGAUUUUUUUUUUUUAAUUUUAUUUUCUGGAAGAGAGAAAUUCAUGUGUAACGGUGACUAUUGGACCACUACUGCUUUCAGCAUUUGUAAACCGGUUUUACGUUAAAUCUUGUAGACCUAACAAACUGCUGUUAUUUCUAACUGACCGACCUGUAUUAAUAUUGUACUUUUGAAAGUAUAAAUAUUAUGUGGAAUUCUUUGGUUUUGUUUUGAAAUUUAUAAUAACAAAAGCCCUGUGUUGUUAAAAAUACAGACUAAGUGAACUUGCAGUUCUUGGGGCAUUGUUGGCAGCGUUUAGCGAGGUCCGUGUGUAGCGGGAGCCCCCAGGGUCACCUUUGGCCGCUGCUUUAGUUCAUUCAGUGCAGAGGCAGUGGCAGUGGCAGUGACAUGGCUCAUCCAUGGCUGAGGCUGCUCAGGACCUGCUCAGUGUGAUGGUGCAGUCUCAGUGCUGGUGAGCCAGCCCUGCGUGUCACACGGCCUUGGGAGCGUAACGUGAGGCUCGGACACACGCAGGGCUCCUCGAUCCCAGUGCGAGCGCUACGGCUGUGGCAGAGGCACAGUUGGCACUGAUGAAAAACCUUGUCCUGAAAUAGUUGUUAUAUAUAUUUUUAUAGUUGCUAAGGAUCUGAUCUAGAUUUUAUACUGAUGGACUUUGUAGGAAAUACGUUGUAGACGUGACAGUGUUGAAGAAAGAAGUGUCAAAAAAACAUCUUUUUUUACAGUAGUGAAGAUAGACUCAAUGUUCACUGUGGAUAAAUGUGGGAUUUAGCAUUUCUAGAACAGUAAUACUUUAUAGGUCAUAAAAGAACAAGUAAUAAUGUGACACUAAUGAGUAAAGGACUUAAAGGUUUACCUGGUAAAAUGAAGUGCAUUAAUAAACUUAGAAAGGGAUCAGCUGCAGCUAACAAAAGGAUGUUUCAUUUUAAGUAGGAAUUCAACUUUUUUGUUACAAAUGAAAAGAUCUUCCAUAAAACUAAAGGAGGCUGUUUAUAAAGAAUCUUUUUCUAAGGACCUACAAGUGAAUCUGUGUUCUUCAUUAGGAGGUAGCUUUAAAGAACAUAUUUAAGAAAUUUGGUAUCUGUUGUCAAGCCAGUUUGGGGCUCUUUAAAAUUGCCUGUUAUUGAAAUUCUUUAAUCAUCAGAGAGAGUUCUGUGGCAGUUGCCUGUUUGGGGCAGUAGUCAGCAAGUCUGAAGUUGCUGGGCAUCUGACAUUCUUUCCAUGGGAUUGUGUACUCUGCCUCCUAUUUGGCAGUCAGGUACUACGGACUUGGUUUCACUGUCCCCAAGAACUGUAGGAGUGUUGGCCUUUUUGGGAGAAGACCUCAAGUGUGUCAGAAACCAAGCAAAGAGUCACUAAAAAUGGAUGACUUUCAGUGUUUGGUGUGACCACCUUUGCUUGACGAUGGCCGAUCAAUCAGUUAAUGAGAAAUGGCCUGCAUGUCGUGGCUUAUUUUCGGUAGUUAUUUUUAGAAGAUACCUGGUGUGUCCCACCUAGCCCAGGGUAGGGCUGGCAAGGUGUGGGUGUAGGUGUGUGUCAGAGUCAGGUGGGCAGGAAGCCAGGACAGAGGCAGGUGCUGGUGAUGUGGUUGCAUUCACGUGCAGGUGAAGGUUGAAGGGGAGAGAGGAUGGGUGGAGGAUGGGGAUUGACAGGACAGGGUGGGAGAUGGAAGGGGCAAACCAGCAGCUCAGCAAUGCUCUAGUGGAACGUGCAUCUCAACAUGGCUGUGUUAUUUUUGUGCUGCUUUACCACAGCAUUAAGUAGCCAGAGUGUAUCCCUGAAUUGGGCAAUAAAAGUUAAAAUAAACAAUUAUUAAAGAAUCAA